ACGAUCCAAAAAUGUGAAUCAAAGGGGAGAGAAAAUCACACAGUAGUAGCAGACAUGGAUGGAACUUUACUAGUUGGACGUAGCUCUUUCCCUUAUUUUGCACUUGUUGCAUUCGAAGUUGGUGGUAUUUUUAGGCUUCUUUUUUUAGUAUUAUCAUCUCCAUUAGCUGGACUUCUAUAUUAUUUCAUCUCUGAAUCCGCAGGUAUAAGGGUCUUAAUUUUUGUGACAUUUGCUGGGAUGAAAGUGUCCGAUAUCGAGUCCGUGGCACGUGCUGUUUUGCCCAAAUUCUAUUCUACUGACUUGCACCCUGAGACAUGGCGUGUUUUCUCGUCAUGUGGGAAAAGAUGUGUUCUUACAGCGAAUCCUAGGAUUAUGGUUGAACCAUUUUUGAAGGAAUAUUUAGGUGCUGAUUUGGUUAUUGGGACUGAGAUAUCUAUGCAUAAAGGAAGAGCCACUGGAUUUGUGAAUAAACCUGGAAUUCUUGUUGGUGAAAAUAAGGCUGUGGCUCUUAAAAAGGCCUUUGGUUCUACAUCUGCACCUGAUAUUGGACUUGGUGAUCGCAAAACUGAUUUUCCCUUCAUGAAUUUAUGCAAGGAAAGCUACAUAGUACGACCAGAACCUGAUGUGAAGCCUUUGAGCCAAGACAAAUUACCAAAGCCUAUAGUUUUCCACGACGGCCGACUUGUUCAAAAACCAAGUCCUUUAAUGGCACUUAUGAUAAUUCUUUGGAUCCCAAUUGGUUUCCUCUUAUCAUGCUUGCGUAUAGCCGCUGGUUCACUCCUACCAAUGCCACUAGUCUAUUACGCUUUUUGGGCUCUUGGUGUUCGGGUCAAAGUCAAAGGCAACCCACCUCCUCCGGCCCAAAAAUCCACGGGCCAAACCGGUGUCCUAUUCAUUUGCUCUCAUCGGACUCUUCUCGACCCAAUUUUCCUAUCAACAGCCCUUGGCCGGCCCAUCCCUGCGGUCACAUACUCACUGUCUCGGCUCUCUGAGAUCAUUUCACCUAUUAAAACGGUUCGUCUUAGCCGUGAUCGCGUAACGGAUGCUAAUAUGAUCAAGAAAUUGUUAGAAGAAGGUGAUUUGGUUAUAUGCCCCGAAGGGACAACGUGUAGGGAACCAUUUUUACUUAGAUUUUCGGCUUUAUUCGCAGAAUUGACCGAUGAACUUGUUCCUGUUGCUAUGUCUAAUAAAAUGAGCAUGUUCCAUGGCACAACGGCUAGAGGAUGGAAAGGAAUGGAUCCAUUUUAUUUUUUCAUGAAUCCUAGUCCUGCAUAUGAAGUUACAUUUUUGAAUAAAUUGCCAUAUGAUUUGACAUGUAGAGCUGGAAAAUCAAGUCACGAUGUGGCGAAUUAUAUACAGAGGACUAUUGCUGCAACGUUAUCGUAUGAGUGCACUAAUUUUACUAGGAAGGAUAAGUACAGUGCUUUGGCUGGAAAUGAUGGAACUGUGACAACAAAACCUGGACUUGCAGCCAAGAAAGUGAUGGGCUGUUAA